GCCCCUGCGCCCGUCUAUUUAAACCCGCACAGCCGUAGAAUACAAUCGAUCAAGCAGAAACUCGAUCUGUAUACUGCCUUCUGAGCUAUAGCUAGCAAAGGUAGAAGUAGAACCGGCCAUGGCGACCAAGGAGGAGAAGGCGUUCUGCUCUGUUGUCCUGCUGGUCUCCUUCGCGCUGGCCGCGGCGGAGGCCAGGGCCAUGCCGCCGCCGCCGUCUGCUGCGGCCUCGCUUCCGGUUGAUCCGGCCUGGAACGGAGGAGGGGGAAAGGGGGCGGGGUCGGAGGAGGAGGAGAAGAACCUGUUCGUGGGCGUGGGCGGCAUGGGCGACCUCCCGGGGCUCCCGGCCGUGGGCGGCGGCUACGGCGGCGGCUUCGGCAACAACGGCGCUGGCGUCUUCAGCGGCGUCACCGGCCCGCUCGGCGGCGUCGGCGGCGGCGUCGGGAGCGUCGGCCCCGUCGGCGGGGUCAUCGGCGCCGGGGGUACCGGUAGCGGCAUCCCCUUCGGCGGGUUCGCAGGCGGAAGCGGCGCAGGUGCGGGCGGCGGCAAUGUCACGCCUUGAGAUCGAGUCUCGUACGUGUUGGUCUCGCGACCUAGCCAAGGACGUACGCGCGUGUUGGAUGUCGUGGGAGUAUAUAUGUACGUAUAUACGUGCUGCACUUGCACCGUAUACGUACAUGCGUAUGUGUACUUGGGCCUGCAGGUGUGUUGUGUACACGUGCCGUGGUACGAACUACGUACGGGGUACGUAGUUUGCUUGUAUCGUCGUCGUAUUUGUGGGUGUACGUGUAUGCGUGUCGCAGGGCAGGGAGAGUUUGGACCGUUAUGUCUGUGUACAAGUUAAGUUAGGGUCUUAAUUAGAUCUCUACGGCUGUGUGUGUGGUUGUGUUUUGUUAUGUGUCUACGUACUCAUGUACUAUGUGUCAAGAGAGCCAGACUAGCUAGUUAAUGAUGGAGAAUCAAUGUCGUGUUGUCUU